UUCACUGAACCGUCGCGAGGAGACGUUUCCGCCCACAAGAAAGAUGGCGGCUCCCUUGCUGGAGAGUCUGUCGGAGUCCUUAGGUUCCCCGGAGCCAGCGGUUCGACUCAUUUUGUCUAUUUUAAUAGGUUAUCCCUGUGCUCUGGUGUAUCGGCGGUUCUUGUUCUACCAGCCUGCAACAGUUAUUCACUUGUUUGACGCGUUCUCUGGACUGGCUCUAGCAGCAUUCAACUUUGGCUCUCAGAUCUAUCACUCUGCAGUAUGCAUCCUUGUCCAGUUCCUGAUGCUGAGGCUCAUGGGAAGGACGGUAACAACUGUCCUGAGCAGCUUUACCUUUCAAAUGUUAUACCUGCUGGCAGGAUAUUACUACACAGCGACAGAGGAGUAUGACAUCAAAUGGACUAUGCCUCAUUGUGUCCUCACACUCAAACUAGUCGGUUUGUCAUUUGAUUACUAUGACGGCGGGAAGGAACCAUCUCAGCUGAGCAAAGAACAGAAGAAUGCAGCCCUGUCAUCUGUGCCCUCUCUGCUCGAAGUGUACGGCUUUUCCUACUUCUAUGGCGGCUUCCUGGUGGGGCCCCAGUUUACAAUGCGAAGCUACCAGAGGCUGGUGGCAAGGGAGCUCACCGACUGCCCUGGACAGCCUCCGAACAGUGGUAUACCGGCUCUGAAGAGGUUUGCUCUAGGUUUUCUCUGCCUGGUGACAUAUGCAAUAUUUAGUCCCUAUUACCCAGACAGCUACUACUUAACAGAUGAGUAUGAGGCUCAGCCCUUCUGGUAUCGCUGUGUGUUUAUCCUGCUGUGGGCUAAAAUCAUUUUGUAUAAAUACGUGAGCUGCUGGGUUAUAGCGGAGGGUGUAUGUAUAUUAGCUGGACUAGGCUACAAUGGUGUAGUAGAUGGAAAGCACCAGUGGGACGCUUGUGCCAAUAUGAAGGUGUGGCUCUUUGAAACCACGCCGCUUUUUGGAGGAACCAUUUCUUCUUUCAAUAUCAACACAAACGCUUGGGCUGCCAGACAUGUCUUCAAGCGGUUGAAGUUCCUGGGCAACAAGACCCUCUCUCAUGUAACCACACUGUUCUUUCUGACGAUUUGGCAUGGACUUCACUCCGGAUACAUCCUGUGCUUCUCCAUGGAGUUCUUCAUCAUCACUGUAGAGAGACAGGCUCUGGCACUAGUGAGGGACAGUCCCUUGCUGACGAAGCUGGCCAACAGCGCGCUCUACCCUCUCAUCUAUGUAGUCCAGCAGUUUAUCCACUGGCUCUUCAUGGGCUACCCCCUUGUGCCAUUCUGCCUCUUCACCUAUGACAAAUGGCUCAAGGUGUAUUCGUCCGUCUAUUUCUGUGGACACGUAUUCUUCCUCGUAGCCUUUUUAAUCAUGCCAUACCUCCGUAAGGUGCUGGUGCCUAAGAAAGAACGGAGCCAGAUGAAGCAGGAUUAGAACUUGGUACAAAAACUUGGCAUGGUCCAUCUAAGGCUAAAUAUCCAGUGAAGGGAACUGUGACUUUCAAGGAGCAGAAUGGAAAAUAUUUUAAGGCCUUUAGUAAAAUAUAUAUCUAUGUGUGUAUAUAUAUAUCAUAUGAUAUAUAUGAUAUAUAUGUCCAUGUAAAAAUAAAUUUCUAUAUAUUUUUGUGUUUUAAAUGGAAGCGUGUUUUUAUAAACAUUUGGAGAAAUGUUUACAGGAAAUGACCAUCGUGCCACAUGAGGUAAUUGUGAGCCAAUCAGGGGCGCUUUCCUGUUUGUUUUUUCUUUUUCUUUUUUCAAAGGAAUGUGGGACUUGUACAACUUGAGAGACUUACACGCUGUCGACACAGAAUUGCACUCACCAGUCACGGGUUCAGAGUCUGUCAUUGGCUCCAAUGUGUUUUGUUGUUGUUUUUUUUUCUUUUCUUUUCUCUGUCUUAUGUCUAGCACCCACAUUUAGCAGCAGCAGCAGCGAGUCUUCACAGGAGGUUUAAGCACAGGCCCAAUGUAUGUGGCACUCUCUUAAUGUAAUAAUAAAAAUGUAUACAGCUUUCUGCAAAAGACAGAUAAUAAUGAUGAUGAUAAUGAUAAUAAUAAGGAGGGUUGUUUCUUGAACAUGGCUGCCAGUGGUUAUACAAGCACUGUAAAUCACACACUAACCCCCAAUUCAAAAUGGCCUUGAAUUAAUGAAUGUUUUUACAGUGCAUUUGUUUUGGUUUUAAUUUGAUUUGUGAUGAAAAAAAAAAGACUUGAUUUUAUAGAGUUUUAACAGCUUUUAUGAAAAAGAUUUUGUAGUUUUGGAUAAGAUUUCAUGAAAAUUUGCAUUGUUCUCCUGCCUUUCCUUGUUUGAUGUUGCUGUAUUUUUUUUCCCUCCCUUCUUGCUGUGCAUCCUCCCUCUGCUCAGUCGACACGGCUCCUCCGUCGGCCUUGAUUCGAGCUCGGCCCUCGGCUCUGAAAUACUCAGAUGUGAAAGUGAAACAUUUCAGAAGGGGACUUGCACACUGCCUAACCAUACAUUCACCACGGUUAAUGAUUCUGUUUAGGCCCAUAUAAACUCUGAUCUCCAUGAAUAUGCUGUGUGUAAAAUGUAGAAUUGUCUCAUUUUGAACUGGAAGCAAAACAAACACAACCAAAUUGAGGGGAAGAAAUCCAAGUUUGUGUCUCCACCUAUGGCCUGUUCUUCUGUUUCUAACAUCAGGUGGUGAUUAAAAAGAGUGUGAAGUAGAAGCAUCCACCCAAUGUGGGAAUGCCUCCUUCUUUAAUUUGAUCUUUUUUUUGGGGGGGAUGACUGGAUCGUCUGAUCCAUGGCGUGCUGGAGGAAGGCCCAGCACUGCUGCUGCUGCCACCCCUCUCGCUGAUGCUGACACACAGAGCGGACGAACCUCACUGUAGCAACAGCCCAGAUUUUAGUAAUAUUUAUACAUGACAUGGAGAUUAUUAAUUGAUGUGAACUGCUAUUUCAAGAGACUACUUUUUUGCCUUAUUCCUACCAAAUGUACAAAGGACAAAAAAACUUGG